UUGGAAACCUCAUAUCCGAACACAGACCAAGGAUGAGACAGGAGGUGAUAUCUCUGCUGUGCCUCUUUGUGGCUCUGCAGUGCUUGAUAAUUCUGCCAGUGUCGCAGGCCACAUCUCUUGCAAAAGUCUCCAAUGACCAAGCAUCUAAUGCAGCCGUCAACAUUGACUCUAAACAUGCCCAUGAGUUUCUGGCACAUGCACGUCGAAGGAGAUCUGUGGAUCCCAACUGGUAUCGCAAAAAUCCAGACUUUCAGUCCUACUAUCGUUACUAUAAUAGUAUUGGGCACACUGAAGGGCUUUAUGAGAUCGACAAAAUUAGAAUGCUUUACCAGCAAAUGCGUCAUCUGGAGCUCACCUAUGGCCCUGACGCAUCCAAAUACCAGAAUACCCUUGGUCUAAAGCCGACACCUCCACCCACAACCCAGCCUCCACCCCCUACUUUACCACCUGUCUCCAAGAUGAAUGUUAUAUACCUGUGUAAUUCAAAAGACCCCCAGUGCAAGCCACAUAUUGUCUACCUGCCUGCCGGUGGGGUGCCUGUACUUUGCGAUCCACGUUACCACCCAAACUGUAAACUAAGUCCUGCCCAGAAUUCUCCCUCGCCACCUGUAAUUGUCCCAGAACCAGUGACAACUGUCCCUCCUCCACCAACACAUAAAUCCACUCCACCACCACCUCCUCCUCCUCUAAUGGUUGUCAAAGGAAUGGAGUAUGACUGUGAUCCUUACUGGGACCCCGACUGCCUGAUCGAUAAUCCUCCCAGGCCAGUAAAGAUGGUUGAACCGUCAUCAGUGCUCCCAGAUGAGAAGGUGAAAAAGGAAAUUCCAGUCGAUUCAGUGCCAACCUAUGAUCCAUAUGACUUCAAUCAAGACCUGUAUGACCCCUUUCGCCAUGCUGCUCCAGCUCACUAAUUAAUUUAGAUGGAAAUAUGCAUUUUAAUAAAUCUCCUCUACAUUGAUGUUGUAAUAUAAAGUAAACAUUAAUUAAGCCAUGGCCUUAUUUAUAUUAUAUAGCUGAUGUAAGAUUUAUGGUCUCUAAUUGAAACAAACAUAGAGACAAGAAUAAAGAACAUGGGCACAGUUA